AUGACUUUUGACGAUUAUGAAUCUACAGAAGAUGAUGUGGUGACUCGUUUGCAGGCAAUCAUCGCAGAAGUUCGCGAAACAAAGCCUGGAUUUAAUAUUUUCUCUCUAAUUGGCCCAGAUGAGGAGAAAAUCAGAUUCCAGCAUGAGUAUCGGACUCUAGAUGUUGGGAGACAGUUUGCACCCAAUUCCGAUGGCUCGAAAGAGGAAACUCUAAGAACUGUAGCAGAACAGUUCCAGGCUAAAAUUCAGAAGUUGAUUGCUGUGCAUGCUAAGGAUAGAGCUGUUCAUGAAAAGGUGUGA